CGCACACAGCAGACCUGGCAUCAUAGCAGCCCUGUGCUCUCACACAUGUUCAGUCACUGAGAACAGACAGCUGCCAAGGUGUGACUGACAUUGAUCAGCAAACAUGUCAGAGAAACUGGAAGGCAACAUUUUAGUGACUGGUACCAACAGAGGUAUUGGUUUGGAGCUGGUCAAACAGCUGGCAGAGAGCACAGGAGAGGAGGCUCAUAUCUACGCCUGCUGCAGAGCACCCGAGGGAACCAGGGCUGAGGCCCUGAGAGACCUCACCACGCAAUAUCCUGGAAAGAUCACUCUAAUCAAACUAGACAUGUCAGAUGAGGAUAGUAUCUCAGCUGCUGUCCAGGCUGUGAGCGAGCAGAUCGGGGCUGGUGGGUUGAACCUCCUCAUCAACAACGCUGCUAUUAACAAACCGGACAUACCAGCACCGUUAUCUGCCACCGGGAAAAGGGACAUGAUGGACGUGUACGAAACAAAUGUGGUCGGACCAUUUCUCAUCGCAAAGAUGCUUCUCCCACUCCUCCAGAGAGCUGCAGAGAUCAACUCACCUGCAAAGGGUGAUAAAAUGUCCUGCAGGAGGUCGGCCAUCAUCAACAUCUCCACGCUCGUCUCAUCCAUAGAGAAAUGUCCAGAAACCUUUGAUAUUGCACAGAUGUACCCUUAUAGGACCAGCAAGACAGCAUUGAAUAUGUUGACCCGCUGUCAAGCUGAGGACUUCAAGAGACACAACAUUCUGGUCACAGCAAUCCACCCUGGCUGGGUCCGCACUGAGAUGGGAGGAGAACAGGCUCCUUUGACCACCCACGACAGUGUUCAUGGCAUGCUCUAUGUGAUGCCAUUUCUCAGCAACAAAGACUGUGGGAUUCUUCUGGACUGGCAGGGCAACAGAAUUCCCUGGUAGCAAGUCACAAAUAAUAUUAGGAUCAUGUAAACAGGGAGCGCAAUACUAAUACACAUGUGCUGUUCAUUCACACAAUGUAGCUUCUAUUUUGAGAUGACAACAUUUCUAUAGUUUACGGACAUCUGCCUAACUUUCUAACAAUGUGGAUGCUGCGUUUUUCACAGUAUGAUGGAGUGAAAAUCUACUUUUAUCUGUCUGAAAUAAAGUCAACUGAAUUGAAUUGUGUUCAGCAGUGCAGACUUGUGUAGACGUGUUCCAGUCACACCAUCGUUCACUGACAUCAGAUUCAAUCACCUUCUUUACAUCUGAAUUUUUCUUUGGCUAAUACUACUCACUAGAGCCCACCUGUGGAAAUGACUCUGUAAUCAUUAAAGCUCCACCUUCAUACUGUAUACUCCCUCUAUUUGUGACACAAAGUGUUAGCAUGCUUUUUCUUAAAUUCACAAUGGCAUCAGCAUACCUUUCGCUUAAUAAAAUUAUGAUCUACUGUCA